UUGGACAGUGACGUGAUUGCUCACGGCGGUGGCUGGUCUGAUUCCGGCGAGAGCAUAUUGACGGGGUGGGCCUCCGGCGAUAACGAAGAAAGACGGGUAUGGUGUCUGGAGAAGGCCAGAUCUAUGCCAGCAAGGUGUUCGUCGGCUAUGGCGGUCGGCGGUGGACGGCGGCAGGCGGAGGAAGGGUGUGUUGCUGGUGGUGGACGGCGGCAGACGGAGGAAAGGGGGUGUUGCUGGUGGCGGACGAAGGCGCAACGGACCUCUUGUUGCUGUGAUGAGUUGUGGUCGGGCUGUGGUGUUGGAAUCGACGAGCUGUGGUCGGGUUGUGGUGAGCGGCCGGCGAUUGUCGUGAAGAGAGAGUGGGAGUGA